CACUUGAGUUCGGACUUGGGUGCGAUACUGGACCGACAAUGCUUACUUCAAAACAGAUAGCGUUCUUACUCUGUGUGUUAUGGAGUCUAUUAGCUGCAGUAGUAUCUCGACCAGAUGGCGGAGAGACGCAUCCGUUGCCAGGCCCAGGCUUAUCCUACGGUGGAAUUCCUUACGGCAGCGUAAGCGGGAACGUAGCAGAAUACUUCAGACGCCCAGGGCCAUCUAUCGUGCGACGAGUGAACUUCGCUCCUAACGACAUUGACUACACGCCAAUAGAACAGUGGCUGCGCAGAUAAACAACCUAGUUCGUAGUUUAAUUUAUUGCCGAGAGGUGGCGUUGUAAUUAAUUGUUAUUUUAUUUGUAAGUUUUGAAUGUGAUCAUCAAGCUACUUUGGAACGUUUCUAUUACUAGACACGUCGAGUUGAAUUUAAAUCUUAAAUGUCAAACUUUAUGGGCCUAGCACCUUAUUUACAAUACAAAUAAAAGUGUUAAUUUAACGUCUCAGAGAAAACCUACGAAUAUAACAGAGACCGAAGCGACAUCUUUAAUGAUUUCCUAAAUACUUAUAUUUCUUGUAGUAAAUACUAUUUCUUGUAGUAAACUUUUCCUAAUUCAUCGUGUUUUGUUUACCUUAGGUACUGGCGCUUCUAUUGUAGUAGAUUUCAACAAUUUCAUCUAACAAAUGUCAAAUACAAAUCACAUAUAUCUGUCCUCAAAUCAAACGGCUAAUCACACAAUUAACAUCGAAUAAACGGCAGAAAAACCACAUCAUUCCAAAGAAAUAAAUUGCAAGAGACUUGUCUCUACAUUGUUAGUUUCUUUCCCAUAAAGUACGUACCUAACUAUUGUCUGGAAAUUACUUUUAAUACCAGGUAAAGACACUAGAUGUACCGUUAAAGAAAAACGGAAAACAUUUUAAGGCAAUUAACAGGUUCUUAAAAACAUAACCUGGAGGACCUUGACGGCGUGUUGGGAUAAGGCCUACUAUAGAGAAACUAUUUUCGACGUUAGGGUAUAAUGUAUUUUCACCUCACUAACCUAAC